AUCAGGGCAGACCACGCUGCUGAAAGAAUGGACGCCUUUGAGUUGUUUCGGAAACUAGGAGCUGGGGCUAAAUUUGACCUGAAGAGGUUUGGUGAAGACGCUGCUCGGUUUAAGGUUGUUAGAUCUCACGGAGGGGAAGCGUCCUCGGAUCCUCUCUCUGCGAUCGAUUACUUUGGCACAGGAUCAGUCAGUGGAGCCCAGAGCAGGACCACAGGACUGGAGGACGAUGACAGAGGAGGAGAGGAAAAUGGGGAAGGAGGUGAAAGUGAGGAUUCUGGUGCAGCAGGCAAAAGGAAGCGAAAGGAUGAAGAGAAAGAUGUGAGAACAAAGAAGAAAAAGAAAAAGAUGAAAAGAAACCAGGUGGAGCUGGAAGCUGGUGGGGGACCACGGAAAGACACUGAGGGAAAUGGCAUCACCUGGACGUCCUCACUGGACAGAACGAUCCAAAACCUGCCAAGUGAUGGGAAAGAGAAAAACUCUCUGAAGAGGCUUAAGCAUCUUCAUCAAGAAAAGGUGAAUCGUAUUCGCUCUCAACACCGUAUAAACGUGCACGGCUGUGACAUACCUGACCCUGUGUGCACAUUUGAGGAGCUGCAGUCCGAGUAUCGUCUCAAUCCACGGGUCUUUCAGAACCUCAAAGAUGCAGGGCUGAACUCGCCGACGCCAAUACAGAUGCAGGCAAUACCACUUAUGAUGCAUGGUCGGGAGCUCCUGGCCUGCGCUCCCACAGGAUCAGGAAAGACUUUGGCUUUCUGUCUCCCACUGCUUGCCCACCUGCAGCAGCCGGCCAACCUGGGCUUCAGAGCUGUGAUUAUAUCCCCGACCAGAGAACUGGCCAGUCAGACCUACAGAGAGCUGCUGCGUCUGUCAGAGGGAGUUGGAUUUAGAGUUCACAUCAUAGACAAAGCUUCCGUGGCAGCCAAGAAAUAUGGACCACAGUCAAACAAAAAAUAUGAUAUACUCGUUAGUACUCCAAACAGACUCAUCUUCCUUCUCAAUCAGGAUCCUCCAGCCAUUGACCUCAGCAGUGUGGAGUGGCUGGUUGUUGAUGAGUCCGACAAGCUGUUUGAAGAUGGUAAGACGGGUUUCAGGGAGCAGCUGGCCACAGUGUUUAUGGCCUGCUCUGGUCCAAAGGUGCGCAGAGCUUUCUUCAGCGCCACCUGCACGCAGGAUGUAGAGCAGUGGUGCCGUCUGAACCUGGACAACUUAGUGUCGGUCAACAUCGGACACAGAAACACAGCUGUUGAGACGGUGGAGCAGGAGCUGCUGUUUGUCGGUACAGAGAAUGGAAAACUGGUGGCCAUGAGGGAUGUCAUUAAAAAGGGUUUUCUGCCUCCCAUGCUGGUGUUUGUUCAGUCUAUAGAGCGAGCACGGGAGCUUUUCCAUGAGCUGGUGUAUGAAGGCAUCAAUGUAGACGUGAUCCACGCAGAUCGCACACAACAGCAGAGGGACAACGUAGUGAACAGUUUUCGCUCUGGUAAGAUUUGGGUGUUGAUCUGCACGGCUCUGCUCGCCAGAGGAAUCGACUUCAAAGGAGUCAACCUCGUGCUGAACUACGACUUCCCCACCAGCGCUGUGGAGUACAUCCACCGAAUUGGUCGUACUGGCAGAGCUGGACAUCAGGGCAAGGCCAUCACCUUCUUCACAGAAAAUGACAAACCACUGCUGCGCAGCAUUGCUAAUGUCAUAAAACAAGCUGGCUGUCCUGUGCCUGACUACAUGAUUGGCUUCAAGAAGAUACACAGCAAAGUAAAGCGCAGGCUUGUGAAGAAACCUCCCAAGAGAAGCACCAUUUGCACAACCCCUCGCUUCUUAAUGAAGAAAAAAGGCAAAACACAAGGACAGAAAGGACAGGAGCAAGCAUCGAGUGGAGAGCAGAAAGGAGAAAAGAAGACAAAAGGACAGGGACUGAAGAAAAAAACUAAAACACAGAAAGAAGAGGGAACAGAAAAACACAAGAAGGCAUCACUGAAGAUGGGAUCAGGUUCCUCUGGAGCCAAGUUAAAAAAGAAAAAGGGGAAGAAAAAUAAGCCACAAGAGGAAUAGAGGAGAGCAGAACAAGCAGACUGAUGAUGAAAAUGGAUGUGGAUUUUAUUUUUUCUACAUCUUGGUUUACUGCUAAUUUUCACAUUUGUGCUUUGUAUUAUCAGAGUAUAAAAUAAACUUUUAUAUGUUGUGUUA